CGAAGCGAUAAAAUAAUAGCCAGCCCGCAGCCACCACCACCUUCUCCCCUCGCAAGUAAAGCUAAGCAAGCGAACAGAUCUCUCCCUCGCCGCCUCGUCUCGCCUCGGUCUUCCUCCGCCUUAGCUCCCCCGCGAUCCCGACCAUGGAGGGCGACAGUACCAACCUCGAUGCGGCGAUAGAGUCGCUCCUGAAUGUCGAGAAGCAGAUGAGACUGGCCGGCGAUGUCGCCGGCACGCGGAAGGCCGUCAUCGACAUCGUCGAGCUUUGCUACAAGGCCGGCGCGUGGAAGACACUUAAUGACCAGAUCGUUCUCCUCUCGAAGAGGAGAGGCCAGCUCAAGCAGGCCAUUACCGCCAUGGUUCAAAAAGCAAUGGAGUACAUUGAUUUGACACCAGACAUGGACACACGCAUUGAGCUAAUCAAAACAUUGAGUAGCGUCUCUGCUGGCAAAAUAUAUGUCGAGAUAGAGCGAGCAAGACUGAUCAAAAGACUUGCAAAAAUCAAAGAGGAGCAGGGAAAGAUCGAUGAGGCUGCUGAUUUGAUGCAAGAAGUUGCUGUCGAAACAUUUGGCUCUAUGGCAAAGACAGAGAAAAUUGCUUUCAUUCUCGAGCAGGUCCGGCUAUGUCUGGAUCGUCAAGAUUAUGUCCGAGCUCAAAUUUUAUCCAGGAAAAUCAGUACUAGAGUAUUUGAAGCAGAUCCAUCAAAGGAAAAAAAGAAACCAAAAGAAGGUGACAAUAUUGUUCAGGAUGCUCCUGCAGAAAUACCUUCCCUCCUAGAAUUAAAGCGCAUCUACUAUGAACACAUGAUUCGAUACUACUCGCACAACAAUGAUUACCUGGAAAUCUGCCGCUGUUACAAGGCAAUUUAUGAUAUUCCUGCUAUAAAGGAGGAUCCAGCAAAGUGGAUACCGAUUCUUAGGAAGAUCUGUUGGUACUUGGUGCUGGCUCCUCAUGAGCCUAUGCAAUCAAGUCUUCUCAACGCUACCCUAGAGGAUAAAAACCUAUCUGAGAUCCCAAAUUUCAGAUUAUUGCUGAAGCAGCUGGUUACCAUGGAGGUUGUUCAGUGGACUAGCUUGUGGGAAUUCUUUAAAUCUGAAUAUGAGAAUGAGGGAGGAGCUUUGGGUGCCAAAGCUCCAGAAGAUUUGAAGCUGAGGGUCAUUGAGCAUAAUAUCUUGGUUGUCUCCAAGUAUUAUGCAAGGAUCACCCUGAAGAGGCUUGCGGAUCUUCUCUGCCUGAGUUUGCAGGAGGCAGAGAAGCAUCUUUCAGACAUGGUGAACUCAAAAUCGCUGAUUGCCAAGAUCGACAGGCCGAUGGGAGUUGUCAGCUUCCGCACAGCUCAAGACAGCAACGGAGUUCUCAACUCAUGGGCAAUGAACCUUGAGAAGCUCCUCGAUCUUGUUGAGAAGAGCUGCCACCAAAUACACAAGGAGACCAUGAUCCAUAAGGCGGUGUUGAAAGCUUAAGUUUUGGCGCGUUUUUUAGGUUCCCUUGGUAGCCAGCCAUGCGUCGAUCGAGAUAUUGUAACAGCAAUACUAUGAAUACUAUUUGUUGUUGGGGGCAUACUCACUGUCCUCCAAUUUGCUUAACUCGUGUAUCUUGCUGAAUAUUGUUUGAACCCUUUAGAUCUGCAAUCUGAUACCUGUCUUGAAAACUA